CACUGACAAAUAAGGUUAAUUCUCUUGAUGUCCACAAGAACUUUUCAAGUAAACAACAUCGAACUUAUUCGAUAUUGGAUAAAUCUAGCGAUAAAAUACCACUUCCCAAAAUGCCUGGGUGGUAUUAUGAGAAAAAAGAUAUUCGGAAUUCCCCAUCGGCUCAAGAUGGGCUGGAUUUCGAUACAGAAAUGAGGUAUCGAAAAGAAGGUGCUCGUUUCAUAAUAGAUACUGGAUCGAAAAUGGAUCUUGGAUAUAAUACUACAGCCACUGGUGUAGUUUAUUUCCAUAGAUUUUAUAUGUUUCAUUCUUUUCGUCAGUUUCCAAGAUAUGUCACGGCCUGUUGUUGUUUAUUUUUAGCAGGAAAAGUUGAAGAGACCCCAAAGAAAUGUAAAGAUAUAAUUAAGACUGCCAGAGGACUACUCUCUGAUGACAAAUUUGCCACCUUCGGUGGCAAUCCUAAGGAGGAGGUUAUGACAUUAGAAAGGAUACUUUUACAAACAAUCAAAUUCGACUUGCAAGUAGAGCACCCUUACAGUUAUUUAAUCAAAUAUGCAAAGAGUCUGAAGGGAGAUAAAGUGAAAUUACAAAAAAUGGUUCAAAUGGCUUGGACUUUUGUUAAUGACAGUUUAUGUACCACAUUGGCCUUACAAUGGGAACCAGAAAUAAUAGCAGUAGCUCUAAUGUACCUUGCUGGAAAAUUGAGCAAAUUUGAAGUGUUAGAUUGGAGUGGAAGAACGCCCAGACAUUUAAGGUGGUGGGAUGUUUUUGUAGAGGAUGUUACUAUGGAUUUAUUAGAGGAUAUUUGCCAUCAGGUUCUAGAUUUAUAUUCGUCCCAACCAUCUUCUGUACCAGACAGUCCUCCGCCAAAAAAUCAGGUUAAUGUAACACCAAUUAAGAAACCGAACGAUCAAGAAAAGACUGAGAUGAACGAUUCAGGUAGCAGUAAAAUUCAAAUGACCGAUAUUGCGCCCUAUCAGUACCAAACGUUCACCACAGCGCCGCCUCCAACUUAUCCGUCAGUGUAUCCAACGCCUCCGAUGCAAGUAACACCCCACUUGACAGCUCCUCCUCCUCACAUAGCGGCUCCGCCCCCACAUAUAGCCGCCCCGCCUCCAACAGUCUUUCCACAGUAUGUUAACCAUCCCCCACCAUUUCCUCCUGUUGUUGCUGGAGCUGCCCCUCCAUUUUAUCCACCUGCUCCUGCUCACCCAAAUUCAAGGCCAUUUUAUCAACCACCGCCUAAGUGAGGAGGAAUAGUUGAACUUGUAAAUAGGAGUGAUUUUCAAGCAACCUAUCGGGUUGAUAAACGGAUAACAUGUAUAUUUAGACAGUUUUUACAGAAAAAAAGUGUCUAUUUUGUAUUUAAUAAUGAAAAUAAAUGAUUUGUAAAAAUUGA